AUGACAACCGUUGAAAAGAUUAAGGCCAUCGAGGAUGAGAUGGCCAAAACUCAGAAGAACAAGGCCACCUCAUUUCAUUUGGGGCAACUUAAAGCUAAGUUAGCUAAGUUAAGAAGAGAAUUAUUGACCGACGGUUCCUCUGGAGGUGGUGGUGCUGGUGUUGGAUUCGAUGUUGCUAGAACAGGUGUAGCAACCAUCGGUUUUGUUGGCUUUCCCUCUGUUGGUAAGUCUACUUUACUUUCCAAACUCACUGGUACUCACUCUGAAGCUGCAGCAUACGAGUUUACAACCUUGACUACUGUUCCUGGUGUCAUCAAGUAUAAAGGUGCAAAAAUUCAAAUGUUGGAUUUACCAGGUAUUAUAGAAGGUGCCAAAGAUGGUAAGGGACGUGGUAAACAAGUUAUCGCAGUUGCCAGAUCGGUGAAUUUAUUAUUUUUGGUGUUGGACGUGAACAAACCAUUACAACAUAAAAGAAUUAUAGAGCAUGAAUUGGAGGGUAUGGGUAUCAGAAUCAACAAGCAACCUCCAAAUAUUGUGAUCACGAAGAAGGAAAGAGGAGGUAUCAACAUCACUACCACCAGUCCUUUGACCCAUUUGGACAAUGAUGAAAUCCGUGCAGUCAUGUCCGAAUAUAAAAUCAACUCUGCCAAUAUUGCUUUCCGUUGUGAUGCCACAGUUGAUGACUUGAUCGAUGCCAUUGAGGCAAAAGCUAGAAAGUACAUCCCUGCAAUUUAUGUCUUGAAUAAGAUCGAUUCAUUCUCAAUUCAAGAAUUGGAUUUAAUGUACAAGAUCCCAGACGCAAUUCCUAUCUCUUCCGGAAAUGGAUGGAACUUGGAUGAUUUGCUUGAAAUGAUGUGGUCCAGACUUAAUUUAGUUAGAGUCUACACGAAGCCUAAAGGUAAGUUGCCAGACUUUUCAGAACCUGUGGUUUUGAGAAAUGACAGAUGCACUGUUGAAGACUUCUGUAAUUCUAUCCACAAGUCUUUGGUUCAAGAUUUCAGAAAUGCAUUGGUUUACGGUACUUCUGUUAAACACCAGCCUCAGAGUGUUGGUUUAUCGCAUGAACUCGAAGAUGAAGAUGUCAUCACUAUUUUGAAGAAGUAA